GACGUUUGCUGGGUGACUGCGCGACUGCUACUAACAAGCCUCAGAGCCCAGGGCGUAGCUUCAUGACGUUCUCGUUGUGGAACGGCCAUGAUAGCGUGGAUUUGGAGACGCCGAAAGCACCGCAACGGGAGCGCACGCGCAGCAGCGGCAGUUGUAGGACACCCGUUCCAGGCAGCCCCAGCAUCGUGUUCCUCAAGGCUCCAGUUGUUCUCCAGAGGACGCCUGGGGAGAAGACGAAGCUUCUGCCGAGCCAAACGCAGCAGCGGCCCGAGAGCCACGCGAGCAAGCAGAUAAAGAGAUGCCAGCUGGUGGCGGUGGUUUUGAUAUCUCUCGUCACGGCAGCUGUGAUCAUCUUGUUUUUGGCAGGUGACCCACGAACAGACAACAGACGGCGGUGACUGAGGACCGACCUUGUUUUCUCCCUCGGCGGCACUGCUGUAGUCUGCUGGCGUCGUAAUGCGGGAGUUCGUAAUGUGGGAGUUCCUUUAGGACUGGAAACGCUGCCACCGGAAAACUCGAUGUUGUUUAGCCUACAUGUGUCGUAGGCGAUGCGUGUCUGCGUUUGUUUAACUGUGGUUGUAACCUUGAUUUACAGAAUCGUCCUCUACUAUAUAUACAACACCAUGGUUUUUGAAUGCGGUAUAUUGCAGGAGCGCAGCUCCUACAGCAGAUAUGUUCCGUGUUGACCGGUUGGUUUUUGUGGUUGGUUUCGUUGAUAGAGCUGCAUCGAGUUGUACUUAGAUACAAUGCUUGGUGAGGGACGUAGACUGCACUGGGAAUUUGAGGCGGGACACUUACACGGUUUAAGGACCGCCGACGCGAAACACGCAGCUUGAGGACACGUCCUUCAUUGAGCGCGUAAACUAGAUGUAGAAUGGUAGGGCAGGUUGCGAGCGCUGGUAUUGCCUCGAAAAGUAAAAGAACAGAGAAAUCCGCGCUGCGGCUGCUGCCGCUGCCGCUGCCGCCGCCCU